AUGACGUACGCUAAAAACAAAUUACCUUUACUUUAGUUAAUCUGUUUAAUAUCUAUGAAACUCUAUUUAUUAGCAAUACUAUUAAGCUAAUAUUUAUCCUUCAUCAUAUGUAGUUGCAAUCAUUAAAAUUAAUGCUUUGACCAAAAAAAGUAAUAAUGUAAGUUGGUUGAUGGUAAAGAAUACAUUGGAAAAGAAAAGCGCUAUGGAUAUUGUGUAAUUGACGCUAUUAAAUAUGACUUAAUUGACUUUUGUAAAAGUGAUUAUGAACCUGUUUGUAUAUCUUAAGAUAGAAAAAGCUGUAUAAAAGUUUAAAAUAGUAAUCACAUAGUAGCUAUAUUAGAUUCAGAAAAUAUCUGUAUAGGUCUGAAUGAAUUUACAUCUAAUUUUAAUUCACCUCAAAAAUUGAAAUAUAUUAAGAAAGGCUUCUGUUAGGAUUUGUAUGGUCAAAUUAAAUUAGGUCAAGCAAAAUAAAAUGUAUCAGUAUUAUUUUUGUGCAAUUAUUUAGAAGGUGGAUAAUUUAGAAGGUAAUUAUACGAAAUAGAACAUCCUGUUAUUUAGUGGGUAAAAAUAAAUGCUUAGAUCUAAAUCAAGUGGAUGGAAUUACUUCUCUUGGAUUUUGUGUCUUUUAAAAUGAAUUGUAUCUUCACAAAGUAUAUUGUAAUGAAAGCGUAUGCCAAAUAAAAAACUCUUAAGACUAGUACUCUUGUAUAAAUUAUUCGAAUUCCAACAUUGUUGUAAUUUUGA